AAACGAUGAAAAGACUAAAUAUGCAACCGAUGAAGAAAUAGGUACCGUACUAGCGAUGGUAAAUCUUACGCAUUUAGAACAGUUGUUAUUUAGCUUUGAUGCACAUUAUGGAGUAGAUUGGGAUAAGAUGUUGACUCCGGCUUUGGACGAAUCAACAAGCUCGCUAGAUUCAUACAUAGAAUCACAAAUUUUUGAAACAUGUAAAGACUUGGGGAUCACAACCAUAACGGUAUCGCACAAUAAAAAUUUAUUGAAAUAUCACGAUAAAGUGCUAUUAUUGGAUGGAAAGGGUGGAUAUUCUACUAGUGAUAUAGAUAUCAAUGGAUGUGAAGAUGUUUGGAG